ACUGGCAAAUCCUUUUCUACUAACCUAAAACCGUCAUAUCCAAGCUAUUCAUUUUAUUCUUACAAUUCUGAAAUUGAACGUGCAACAAGGAAAUUCACGAUAAUUUCGUGAAAUCGUUUUAUUAUUAAUAAUUAUCUUUUUUGUUCUACGUGUAAAAGCACAUUAAUAUACAUAGUAAAUGAUUGAAUUUCGAAAAGUUUUGUGGAAGGAUCAAAUUGAGAAUUAGGGUGAAUAAACUUAUGUGUAUUUGUGUACACAGUACACACGUGUUACACACUACACCUGUAAAUGCAUAUAAAGAAAAAUAAAUUCUGAAUUAUAGUGCAGCUAGUUCAGCUGUAAAGAACAGGCUGAACAGGUCUACUUGACAAAGGAAGGUUUAAGUAGCCGGCUCUAUCUAUAUAGAGUAAAUCGAAUUUCUGCAUUUCUGACAGAACUUUAGUAGAAGCGCUGCACUAACCAAGGACAAAGAAUUGUAUAUUGUUUGUUUAAAUAUAUGCAACAAGUAUGCGCCUGGCAACAUUCCUAGUGUUGUUUAUUUGUACGCGUGUGAGAAACGCUGAUGUAGAUCCAUUGAAAACCAUUUUCUGGGGCCCGGGACUGAAUCCAGCAGAAGUUACCAUGCGUGCGAGAUAUUUCUUUUUGCAGCUUGUCGAUUCGCAUGGAAAAAAUUUGACAGAAUCUCCUGGUGAUGAGAAUAUAAUCGUUGGGCAGAUAGAUGGACAAUCUUUCAACAGUGCACCAUGCCGUAUAUGGACUCAAAUCUUUGACUGUAAAGAUGGAAGUUUCAUUAUUCGCUACAAAAUUUUUAAUACCUGUUACAAUAUUAAGAUUAAAGUGAAAGUCAAGGGACAAGAUUUAUUCCAUUUAGGAACUAAAAAUCCUGUUUACGAGGAAGAAUGUUACUGCCCAAAUCCAUCAAUUACUAACUGGCUAAAUCAUUAUCAGUGUCGACAGAAUUACACCCAAAUAUACCGUGAUCUCUCUCCAUUUUCAAGUAUUGACUUCGAUGAAGUACGUCAAAGCAUUAUUGAAAGAUAUGAUCGACCAACCAGUGUCAGCAUUUGCCAUUACGUAUUAAAAUCUAACAAAAUUUAUAGGCAAUGUUAUGGCCAGUAUGUUGGCUUCAAGAUAUUUAUGGAUGCUAUAUUGCUGUCACUCGCGCGCAAAGUGACGCUGCCGGAUAUUGAAUUCUUCGCGAAUUUGGGCGACUGGCCACUUGUUCCUGAUUCGGGUCUGCUUCACCCCAUUUUUUCAUGGUGUGGAUCUGAAAAUACAAAAGAUAUCGUUAUGCCUACAUACGAUAUCACAGAAUCGUCUCUGGAGGCGAUGGGAAGGGUAAUGUUAGACACACUCUCCGUACAAGGUAACGGACUGCCGUGGGAGAACAAGACUGAACAAUUGUUCUGGCGUGGACGUGAUGCCAGAAGGGAACGCCUUGACUUAAUAGAUAUUUCAAGAAAACAUCCAGAGCUCUUUAAUGUGUCCAUUACUAAUUUCUUCUUUUUUAGAAACGAAAUAGAUAAAUAUGGACCUGCACAAAAUCAUGUAUCAUUUUUUAAUUUUUUUAAGUACAAAUAUCUGUUGAAUAUUGAUGGCACAGUAGCAGCUUAUCGAUUCCCAUAUUUACUUGCUGGAGAUUCUUUGGUGUUUAAGCAAGAAUCCAAGUAUUAUGAAUUUUUUUAUAAAGAUCUUACACCUGGAUUACAUUAUGUGACUGUGAAAAGCGAUCUAUCAGACCUUGUCGAAAAGAUCAUAUGGGCAAAGGAGCAUGAUGAGGAUGGAUUGAGAAUUGUUAAAUCUGCAAAACAAUUUGCCAGGGAUAAUUUAUUACCACGUGAUAUAUUAUGUUACUAUACAGUUUUAUUUCAUGAAUGGAGCAAACGCUUAAAGAGUAAAGUUGAAAUACUAAAUAAUAUGGAAGAAGUACCACAACCUAGUCAUUCUUGUCAGUGUCAUUUUAGGAAUUCAAACCCUCGAGAUGAAUUGUAGUUUUUAAUUUUUCUAUGAUUUAUUUUUAUAUAAUAAAGAUUUAACAGAUCCACAUUGACAUACAAUGGUUGUCUAUCGUGCGUGUACGAAAAUGCACAUCUGUUUACUACGGUUUUAUACCUAAUGUCAAAAAUAAAAAAAAUAUGAGCUCGAACUUGAAAAA